AUGAGGAAACUAUUGGUUCCUGUGUUAAUUAACAACAAUGCACUAGCAGCAGCAGAAGCGAAUACAGCGAAGUGGCGAGCGGCGCACGAGGCCGCGCGUUCGCAGGCAGCCGCGCGCGCCGAGCGAAUGCUCGCCGACUGCGAGUGGAAGAUGCGGGAACUCGAGAAGAAGGCAAGGGAAGCUGAGAAGGAGAAGAAACAGCUAUCAGAAACAGUGGAGCAGCUCAAAACAGCGCCGCCAUCGCCGACCCACCUAGCAGAGCUGCAACAGCUACGAGGAUUAGCCACAGAACAGCAGAGAUCAGUUCAGGCCUUGACGCUGCAACUGCAGAGAGUGGAAACUAGGGAGGAGGCGUUGAAGCUGGAGGUGCAUAGACUGAAGGAACUGCUAGAGAGGGAAGCGAGGACUAGCAAGGAUAAGGAUGAAAGACAUUUGCAGACAAUAGAGAGGCUAGAAAAGCGCCACUCAGAAGCGAUAGACGCGCUAAAAGCGGAGCAUGCGCAGUCCGCCGCGUUGUCGCGAGCGAACCUCGAACGUUUGCACGCGGAGCGAACGCGCGCGGCGCUCGCGCAGCUUAGAGCAGAGGCCGAGCAGGAGGCGAGAAACGCUGAUAGAAAGCUGAGGGAGGUUACUACUAGAUUCGAAAACCUAAAAGAAGUGCUCGCCAGCAAGGAGUCGCAAUUCGAGAAGGCCAUAGCAGAAGCGCACAGCAAGGCUGAUUGGGACAUCAUGCAGCUACGCCAUCUGCUGGACAAAGCUGACAUCACUUACGCUAACAAAGUGGAACAGAUGACGGAGAGAUUCGAGAAGGAAAAAGAACAACUUAUAGAAGAAUGGUCAGAGAAGCUAAGAGAAGUAGAAGAAGAAGCAGCAGCUGCAGCAGAUGAAGCUAAGCAACUUCUAGAGUCUACUAGACUGAAACUCGUUGCGGAGAGGAUGGAACAAGUGAACAAAUUGAAAGAGCAACACAGACAAGAAAUGGACGACCAAUGGGAACAGUUUAUGACUGACAAGGAGAAUUGCCUCGCGCGUAUGAAGACAGAGUGCACACAGGAAGGAGAAGAAGAGAGAGUUAAGAGAGAAAAGGAACUGCUAGAGGAAAUUGCUGAAUUGAAAGCACAAGUUCAAUCAAAAUCAGUGGAUUUCGACCAUCUAGCGGUAAAAGCGGCGGCUUGUGGCAGGACUCUGGCUGUUACUGAACAAGAACUCAGAGAGGCCCUGGCGAGAGAGAAGGAGCUACGUGAGAAGAGAGCGGAAGAUGCGACGAAGAUCAAGCAGGUGGAGCGAUCUUCGAAGGACCAAAUUGAGCAUUUGACGAGAAAGUGUGCAUGCCUGAGGAAACUUUUCGACGACAUCCGAGCGAGGCUGCAAGCUCGCGAGCGCAGCGCCGAGCAAGAGAUGAAGAACAGGGACAAAGAGCUGCACCAACUGAGGGCAGAGGUCGCCAGGCUCACUAAGAUACUGGUAGAACAGAGUUCGCCGAAGCUCGGCGCGCGCACGCGAGCGGACGGCUGCGAGCACAUAUUAGACGACGAGCGCCGGAAGGGCGGUUUUCGAACGCCCGAAUUGGCGCGAAAACGCCCCACCAUGGAGUUGCCGCUCCUGAAGCGAGCUGACGACUGCAAUGGCCGCCAACGAUCCAAGAGCGUUGACCUCCCUGCCGUCCAAGUCCCAGUUAGAAUAAAACAGUUGGAAGGGAAAAAAGAUUGAUAUAAUUUUAGUUACAAGUUGUAACUUAACUUGUAACUUAUAGAUCGUUUCAUCCACGAAGACGCGCCCCACCAUUCUUCCGCUAAUGUUUGAGUGUUAUUGGUACACGCUAAAUUAUCAAUGAGUGCACACGCACACUACAAUAAUGUCGCUCGGAUUGCUCAGAUUCAACUCCCCGCACCCCGCGCGACCGAGACCAAAAAUUGGUGGGGCGCGUCUUCGUUGAUGACGAUCUAUACAACUCGGUCGUAUUAACUGCGCACCUGGCAGCCGUGACGUCACAUCGACGCUGUACGGAUGGAGCGAAAGCAAGGAGGUGAGUGCGAGGGAGAGUCGCGUUCCAGCGAGGUGCGCAGUUAACUUGAUUGGGUUGUAAACGUUGUAAUAAAUGAUGAUGCUUCGAGCUCAAGCUGAAACUGUUAAUAAAUAUUUAAAGCUUAGCUUUUAUUUUUUAAUUGCGAUUAAAUAUUUAAUACGACAACAAAAGUUGCCAAAGCAGGUGAAUAACAAUUUCCUUAAACUCUGAUCUUACAAAAGUUAAGGAACAGAACUAGAACUGCUGCCGAAAGCACCAAAUAACGGAUAUAAAUGUUGUGUUCAGUUUUAUACAAACACUACUUGGGCUACAUCCUGACAAUAGUAAAAAGUACUUAGGUAUUGUAAAUAUUAAGCACAAUAUGUGGUGGUGAGAAAGCAAUAGAUUAUGUAAGAGACUCCGCUAUAAUCAAUUUAGAAUAAUAUUAUACACGUAAAUAACAAGCACUACAAGUUGGUGAAAACUUUGAAGCAAUAUUUAUUAUGAAUCUAAUCCCUCUGACGCUCGACUGAUAAUACGAACUUAUUAUAUUAUUAUCAAUUAAAUUUCAAAAGGGCACAUAAUUGAUUUUAAUCAAUGCUUGAUCAGCCCUUUUGUGCUCACUUGGAGAAAAUUGACGGUAGGCACAUUCUUCACUCGAAGAUAGCACAAAACUAACUGUAGGUAGGCAGAAACUCAACUAGAAUCUCGGUGAAUAAGAGAUAUAAAGAGAGACACGAUGUUUUGUACAUAGAAUCUUACGUAGUUUUGGGCUCUGUUUUAAAAGCGCCUUUCGAGGUUGAGCAGUUCUAAAUACAAAAUCUCAUUUUUGUCGUUACCAAAAAUGAUCGUGGUAAUUUAAUGUUGAUAAAAUAGACUUUGUUUUAAAUGUUCAAGGCAGAUUAACUGUUACUAUAGAUUGUACACCUCUAGACUAUAGUGUUAAUAGGUUUGGUUGAUACUUGAUACUCUUUGUUUAUUCACGUUUAGAUGUAAGUUAUAACGAAGUGUAAAGGGUAUUUUAAGUAUUUGUUAAUGUGCAAUAUUUUACUGUAGCAAAUUAUUGAGUAGCUGACAUUUUUCGCCUUCAAUUCCAGGGUAACUUGUGCAAAAUAAAUGUUUAUCUCAUUAAAAAUAAGUAUGUCAGUUGACUAAAGAUGGAUGUGACAACACAACAGUUACAUAUGGUUACACCCCUAGUCAAUUGACCCACUUUUUAUAACGCGAGAAUGAUAAUAAUUUAGAAAAUUAUUAACUUUUGAAUUAUUAGUAAAGGUGUCCAAUAUCUACUCAAUAAUUUAAAUUAUACAGACUGUGGUACUAAUGUUCUGAGUUUUCCGUUUGUUAAAAAACUUAUAGAAGACUUAUAUUUUAAAAAAUAUUAUGCCAAAAUUGUAAAGCUAUUUCCAAAAUGUAUGAAUUUUGUGAACACAAAAAUCAUAGAUUUUCAAUAGUUUUUGCUACCUAGAUUGUAUUAUUAGAUGAAAGUGCUUACCUAUUCAUGCGAUAUUAUUAUGCUUUUUAAAUAUUUUUAAGUAUCAAAUAAUAUUUAAGUUAUAUUUCAAAAAGUAAAAGUUAGUAGGCCUACUUAUCUCAAAUCUCAAUACUUUUGUAAUGUGCAAUAUUUUUUGUCAACUAGGAAGUUAAAUUAUAUUUUUAACAUCUCAUUAAUAUCUUACAAAUAUCCUAUUUAGAAGAUAUUAUUAUUAAUUAAGUCCUUUGUUAAACGUGUUCCGGCGCUCCUUGGAUGAGGCCUACGUCCAGCUGUGGACUACCUUGGCUUCGAUACCACAUCUAGAUAAAAUGCCUAAUAUUAUAUUUUAAUUUCAGCUGUUGAAAUACUUACUAGGUGCUUUAAGUUAAGAAUAUUUUCGAAAAUCAUCCUUUUUUAUAGCCGUAAUGGGCUUUUUAUGAGGCUAUAAUUUUAAUUAAAAUUCUCUUUUCCUUGUGGUAACUGAAUAUGCUGGUAAGAGGGAAUGUGCAAAGAAAAACUGUGCAAUUUAUUUAAUUAGUUACGAAGUAAUAUUAAGUUAAAGUUGUAUUUACUCGUCCGCUAUGUAAAUAUUAUUUACCUUUUGUAAUAAAAAUAUAUAAAUAAAAAAAGC